GUUAUUUCCUCGGAAGUUGGUAAUAAAGUUUAAAAAGGAGUGGUUCAGGAAUCCGACGUCGUUCUUCUAGGAUGGUAGCAGAAGCAGAGGUUGUGUUUCAACAGAGUUUACCGGCGGUUCUGGAGAUUGAAUUGUUUGAUGGAGUUUCUUCCGCCGUUAAAUCUCCCGUUUCUUCUCCCAAAUUGGGUUUUUGUCAGUCAACGGCGUCGGUUUCCGGCAGUUUAACGACUUCUCCUGUGGCUGAUAGUUUUCCAGAGGGUGAUUGCGAUCCCAGUGUCUCGGAUUAUGUUCCGACCAUCCGGUCUGGAAGCUUCGCUGAUAUUGGUCCAAAGAGAUACAUGGAAGAUGAACACAUUCGCAUAGACGAUCUAUCUUCUCAAGUUGGUUCUCUCUUUGAGUUGCCAAAGCCAAGUGCUUUCUAUGCGGUUUUUGACGGGCAUGGAGGAUCAGAAGCAGCAGCAUACGUACGGGAAAAUGCCAUUAGGUUUUUCUUUGAAGAUGAGCAGUUUCCACAAACAUCGCAAGUGAGUAGUGAUUAUGUGGAAGAAGUUCAGAGUUCAUUGAGAAAUGCGUUUCUUCAAGCUGAUCUAGCUUUGGCAGAGGAUUGCAGUAUCAGCUCUUCUUGUGGUACCACUGCUCUUACUGCUCUUAUUUGUGGAAGACUCUUAAUGGUUGCAAAUGCCGGAGACUGCAGAGCGGUUCUAUGCAGGAAAGGCAAAGCGAUAGACAUGUCUGAAGACCAUAAACCGAUUAAUCUACUCGAGAGAAGAAGAGUGGAAGAAUCCGGCGGUUUCAUCGAUAAUGAUGGUUACCUAAAUGAAGUCCUAGCUGUAACCCGAGCUCUCGGUGACUGGGAUUUAAAACUGCCACACGGCUCUCAAUCUCCACUGAUCUCGGAACCAGAAAUCAAGCAGAUAACUUUAAGUGAAGACGAUGAGUUUCUUGUGAUCGGAUGCGACGGGAUUUGGGAUGUCUUGACGAGCCAAGAAGCAGUUAGCAUUGUUAAACGUGGCUUAAACCGGCACAACGAUCCAACAAGAUGUGCGCGAGAACUUGUGAUGGAGGCUCUGAGGCGGAACUCAUUUGAUAAUUUAACCGCGGUGGUGGUAUGUUUCAUGACAAUGGACAGAGGGGACAAGCCGGUGGUGCCAUUGGAGAAGAGAAGAUGUUUUAGUCUUACACCAGAAGCUUUCUGCAGCUUGAGGAAUCUGUUGGAUGGCUGAAAGCCUGAAACUGUAGAGUUUUUGGUGAAACCAUUGAUGAUGACGAAUAGCCUCUCCCACGCUGCUUUUGUAUUUAACUUGAAAGAUUUUAAGCAGCUGAGAGAACUCCUUUGAGAUAUAUUUGUAUAUGUUGUGUGAACACAGAGUGAUUACAUUUUUGUGUGUAAAUAAUACUUUUAAUUGUCU